GAGGGUGGGGAGCACAGCCCUGGAAGAGUGUAGGGACUAUUUUGCACUGGGCUGAGGUUCCCCAGGGUGAUCUUGCUUCUGCUCCCGCUCGGAUUCCUACUGCUACCUCUCCAGCUUUCCAAUACUUUCUGGCCAGGGAGACAGAAAGUGGACUGGAGUUCGGUGCGGGAUGCGGGUGCGCCUGGGUGCCCUAGCCGGGGCUGCGGCGCUGUCGGGGGCGCUCAGUUUUGUCCUCCUAGCAGCUGCCAUCGGCACAGACUUUUGGUACAUCAUCGACACUGCCCGGUUGGAACAGCGCGGCCCGGGGGGCCCGAGGGUAGGCGGGGCCCGGGAUCCCGGUGGUGGCUAUGCCGGAGAAGGCUUUAACCAGAGCCAGCUGGAGCCGCUCAGCUCGCACUCUGGGCUCUGGAGGACCUGCCGGGUCCAAAGCAAGUGCACACCCCUGAUGAACCCCUUCUGGCAGGAGAAUGUGACUGUCUCGGACUCAGAUAGACAGCUUCUCACUAUGCAUGGGACGUUUGUGAUCCUUUUGCCGCUCAGCCUGAUCCUGAUGGUCUUUGGAGGGAUGACGGGAUUUAUAAGCAUCCUUGCCAGAGCCUACCUCCUUCUCCUCAUGACUGGGAUGCUUUUCCUUUUUGGAGCCUUGGUGACUCUCUCUGGGAUCAGUGUCUACAUUGCCUACUCAGCAGCAGCUUUCCAAGAAGCACUCUGUCUCUUGGAAGAGAAGGACCUCCUGAACCAGGUGGACAUCAGGUUCGGAUGGUCCUUGGCUCUUGGCUGGAUCUCCUUCAUCUCUGAACUCCUCACUGGGGCAGCAUUCCUACUGGCAGCAAGGGUGGUUGGCUUGAAACGGAGACAGGACCAAGCAAUAUGAAAGAAUCAAAGCAGGGAGAGUCUUGGUGCUGGAGAGAAUGGGAAUUGGUGGGAGGCACUUAUUGGCUUUUGAAUAUUUGGUGUGCUAUUGUUUCCUAUUACUAAAAGAUAGCCAGAAAUGAUUGCAAGAAAGCUCACUCUCCAUUCCCCAGUGGACUUAUAUUAUGGCUUGGCCACUGUCUUAUUAUAUGUGCCACUCUUGCUCUUGUAUCUACUAUUUAUCUAUGUAUGUGUGUAAUUGUGUAGGCUAGGGUGGACGUUGUUCCUUAUGUAUAAGCCAGCGAGUCUGAUGAAAUGUAGUAUGGCUUAGCUUUUGAGUGAAAGUCUUUCAGAUUUCAGAUUUCUGAUACUCUUGUCAUUUUCCAUUAUGUUUCACAAAACUCUUAAAAUUCCUUGUUUGCCAGUUGUGUUCAUAGCUUCUGUCUGAAGUGGAGAUAUAUUGAAUUUUUAAGUAUACCCAUUUUUAUAUAUAUAGUAUAUCCAAUAUGCAAAUAUCAGAAGUUAGAAGGCUGAUACAUUCAGGAGUGUUUAUUCAUAUUGAAAAAAAAAAGGAUUUUUCACUUUGCACUAAAGUUCAUUACAGUGUUUCAAGUAGUCAGUCUCUUGCCAUAUUUAGAAUAGAAUUCCAUUCUCACAUUUUUGAUUUUGUAGACUACUUGUUAGCACCACAUCCAGUGCUCAUAAAGUGAGGUAUACCUGUGACUCAAAGGGGCUUUAAUGAGAGUAGUAAGUGUUGUGGUCUCUGUGCUUCAGACAAGAAGCACACUUCCACUUUGGUGAAAUAGCUACACUGCUCCUGGUUGGGUGCUGCUAUUCUGAUUGGUGUCAUUAUUUAUUGAUGUCUGGAAUGGGGAGUGCCUUUCUCUGAAAUGCUAUUUAUCAAGUUUCUUCUCAAUAGAUAAUCCUCCUUAUAGCAUUUCCAGGCAGGGGUUCCUGACAAAUGUUGUCCCUUAUUGGUAGUACUAUCCAAGUUCUUUGGAAGCUAAUGGCAGCUCUCUUUCCUUGGGAUAGGAAAUAUAUCACCUGAACAUGUUUAGUACAGAUUUACUCAGUCUUCUAGGACAGGGAUUCUUAACCUUUAUUGUAUCACGGACUCCUUUGGCAAUCUGGUG